GCAGGCAUCGAUCAUCAUCACAUCCUGACAAAUCCGCCAAAAGCUGCCCAUCCAUCCCACCACAUGAGCUGUUAUUGUACUGUAUGGAUAGAUCUCCGAUUGUCAGCAUGCACCUUUAUGUGUGAAUCUCGGUCCUGUUACAGAAGGACUACUGCAUUUAAUGCAGACCAGUACUAUAAGUGUGGGAAAAAGGAGUGAAAGCACACCUUUCUUUCUGUGCUCCACAGAACUGCGAGUGGUGGGGGCUCCUCCAACAGCCUGCCUGACUUAACUGUAGCUUCCCAGGCCCAGGAAAGUGAAUGAUUAACCAUGAUAAGCCCAUGAGAUGACAGCAUGGUGUCUCAGCUAUAAAGCUUUGAGAGGGAGUGUGUGUGUCUGUGAAGACAUGACCAUGGCGUUCACCCGUGUUCUGGCUCUGUGCUUUCUGGCGCUGGUGGGCUCGGCACAGUGCGGGUCAGUGAAGAACCCCUUUGUGAUUCGCUCUGGCACGAGCUUUGCAUCCCGUCCAUAUUCCUCCUUGCUGACGGUGCCCAAUGGCGAACAGUUUGGCCUGUGGACAUGGCCUGAGAUGUGCCCUGAUAACUUCUUUGCUGUGGGGUUCAGCCUGAGGGUUGAGACGAAUCAGUACGGGGGAGAUGACACUGCUCUGAACGGAAUCCGUCUCUUUUGUGGUCAAAACGGAGACAGGAGCUUUCUCUACACUGUGGAGUCCAACACGGGCUACUUCGGCGAGUGGACCGAUCCGCAGUGGUGUCCAAGCGGAACCCUCGUCUCCUUCCAGCUGCGCGUGGAGACGCACCGGGGCAUGUUCGGCGACGACACCGCUGUCAACAACAUCCGCUUCCGCUGCAGCAGCAACCCCACGCUGGAGGGCCAAGGCAUGCCCUGGGGCGACUACAGCCACUGGAGCCCUGAGUGUUCGGAGGGCGGUAUCUGUGGCAUCGAGACCAAGAUGGAGCCGUACCAGGGCGGCCUGGAUGACUCGGCGCUCAAUGACGUGCGCUUUCACUGCUGUAGCAGGGGUGGGCAGUGAGGCAGCACUGCUUGAGUAAGAGACACAGGGAGGGUGGGCCGUGGUGAGCGCUUAUGUUCAUGUUCGUCAUGAAUGGUUUGAAUGC